AUGGUAACGAGGCACCAAAGAGAAGUACGGCAUUGUAUCGAAAAACUCAACCACUCGGAUACGGAGUUCCUAAGUCACCGCGCUAAGUGCUUCAUGUUCUCUAAUAUGAAACUUAUGAAGAAAAUUCUUAUGUUGGAGCAACUCAGCCAUCCAGGAUUUAUCAAGCUUCUUGGCUACUGCGUUCGCAACGAGGAAAGUGAUACAAUGGAUCUCAGCGAAAGAGGAGUGAUUAGCGUAUAUGAACUAGGAACAAGGAUCUCUGUGUACAAUCUGCAAGCCUUAACUUGGCGGGAAAGAAUUCAGCAUAGCUUGCAUUUGGCUAGAUUUCUUUAUUAUCUGGAAUUUUCACCCCUUGGAUCAUUGCGGAUACGAGACUUUAAAGAGGAACAUUUCUUAAUGAGUAAUGGUACACUGAAAAUGAUCGAUCUAGAUGAUGUGGACAACUUAGAGCCAUCUUGUUCGGUUUAUGUGAACGAAGUAGAACAUGGUAAUAUAACUUUUGAAAGUCAAAAUCAAGGUUGUGACUUUGCAAUUCCGUGCCACAAAGGGUUGUGCGUCGGUUUUAAUGCGAAACAAAACAUGAAGUUCAUGUACAAACUGUUCUUCAAUGUUUUGAUCUUCCCAACAGCAAUUCCUAACCCGUUGUCUGGCGAUCUUAGAAAUGUAUUACGAAGACUUGAUGGCAAUCGUAUUUCAGCUGCAGAAUUGAUUGCUAUUUUUGAUAAAUUAUCCGCCUUCGAUAAUUGA